AUAUCAUAGAUUCAUAAUAUAAUUUUAACAUAAUAUUAUGUUUACGAUCUAUGAACUUAUAAAUUAUAAUAUUGUUAUUGUUCGGCUUCGGAACGUACUUUUUGUUUUUUGAGUGUUUGCUGUUUGAUAGAUUCUAAUUCCAGAAUUUCCAGAGAUCUUUGCGUGUUGUGUUUGGUUUGGUAAAUAAAAUCAGAUUUGUCGCAUAAUGUUACGUUCAGAUGCAGAAGUUAAAUCUUUGGAUAAUUUAUUUGAAAAUGUCAAUUCUGUGAAUCUUGAAACUAUUUUGAAAGUACAAAAUGAUGUUGAUCCUCACGACAUGACUUCAUUGGUAUUUCUGUUGUACGAAGUACCAGACACGGCGCUCCAACGAUUGAUCGUUUAUCAAAGGGUAUCUAAAGAUAUGGAGAGUAAUAAUAUGAACUUGCUCUAUGAUUGGGCUCUUUACGCACAAUCUCGUCCAACUUGGAAAUAUGAAUUCCUGGAAGCUCUCUGCAUAUGUCGACUGUUUAAUGUUAUUAGAAAGCUUGGUUUCAAUGUAACGAGUGUGAAGAAGCACUAUUUACCUGAAAAUGUUUAUGUAAAUGUUUAUAUAGAUCCUGUAAAAAAAGUUUUGUAUAAUCUUUGCGAACAAAUGACAUCUGAGAAUUAUCAGAAAUUAAAAAGGACUCUGACCACAUAUAAUAUAGAUGUUUCAGAACAUGAAUCAUGCGAAGCUGUGUUUUUGGAACUGAUGUGUCAGAAAUUCAUUAAACUAGGAACAUACAACACUGAAAGGAAAGCAUAUACUGCAACAUAUAACUUAGAAAAGCUAAUAACUAUAAUAGAAAACUUUGGAGGGCUCAGUAAAUAUGCUACUAUUCUCAAAGAAGUACAAAACCGGGUGAACAGUCACAAUACUUCAAGUGAAUCUAUUGUCUCUAGUACCCCCUUAACUAAAAAUAAUUCAAGUGAUUCUAAAAACCAGCAAGAAAAUGUAAAGGAAAGUUAUGAUGAUAUAUUUAAGAUGCUCAAUGAAUUGCAUUUUGAAGAUGUACCCAUUCAAAAUUUAAAGUCGGACACUAGAAUAAUAAAAAAGGAUGCCUAUGUGAUUAAAAAUAAAAACCGUCUAGGUAUUUGUUGUAUAAUAAACCAGGAAAUUUUUCACCCUUCAAAGGAUAGUAUAGACAGAAAAGAAAAACUUAAUCUGGAAGAUCGUUUAGGUUCUACAAAAGAUCUCUAUUGUUUGGAACGGACAAUGUCAUCAUUGAAAUUUGAAGUAAAGAGUAAAUCCAACUUAGAUCAUAAGGAAUUUAUUAAAUUUAUCAAAGAUGUUAUAAAAAAUGAUGUCAAACCUGAUGACAGUGUCUUUAUGCUCUGCAUUUUAUCACACGGAGUAAGGGGUCAUGUAUUUGCAGCUGAUUCAGUUAAAAUAAAAGUCGAAGAUAUACAGAAUAUGUUGGACUCUGACGAAGCUCAGAACCUUCAUGGGAUCCCAAAAGUAUUGAUACUUCAAGCCUGCCAGGUUGAUGAAGAGCCAGAAAUUAGUAAGAAAAUAGUAGCAGAUGGGCCAAAGUUAAGUUCCUAUUUAAGAAAGUCUAAUUUUCUAAUAUGUUGGGCUACUGCUCCGGAGUAUGAAGCAUACAGAAUUAUUGAUAAAGGUUCAUUGUUUAUUCAAUGUUUGUGUGCUAUGAUGAUAAAAGAAACAAAGGAACAUUUAUAUGACAUAUUUACAAAAGUAACAUUGAGAGUCACUAAUCUGUGUACAAAUCUCUGCAAGCUUCAGGUACCAAAAUGUGAAUCUACAUUAGUUAAAAAGUUAUAUAUUCAUGAUGAAUAAUCUUUGAAGAUUUUAAAACAAAGAUCAUAGCUUGACCUAGAUUUUUUCAAGAUUUUAGGUCUAGCUUUAAUAUAAUACUGGCAGACCCCUGCAUCUCUGCCCUUGUGAAAUCAGAACCAAAACUGAAAAAUAUAAAAUUUUGGCAACAGAGACAUUUUAAUUAACUGAACAGUUCACUGGAACUGGGAUCAACAGUGCAAUUUUCAGAUACACAGUAAAUAAUAUACAAAAAUCGUUUUGAAAGACAAGUGUUUUAAUUACAAAGUUACAAAACUGCAAUGUAGACAUUGUUGUCGAUAUGGAGGUACAUAUAGGAAUCUUGAACAUAAGUGUUGUACUGGCAAAUCAAUGUCACCUAAUUAUAUUUAUUGUAAUCUAGUUUAAAGUCUAUAUUUUGAUGAAGUACCUAAAGUAAGAAAUAAAAUAUUUACAAUUUUAA